UGCUCUUUACAGGUUUCACAAAAGGAUAAUCCAAGAAAAUAUCAAAAAAAUUCUCGCAAACCAAACACUGCCAAAGCUUUGAUUUCCCAAUGGAUAAUUCCCACUUAAACGCCUUUCUCCAAAACCCGGAAACCUUUUCCCCCUAUUCCUCUAUUACCAGGGGUUUUGAUUCAGGAAAAUGCGAUCUUGCCUUGAAUCAAGAUAACCCUAGCUCCGCCAUGGAUGAAGGUGAAGAAGAAUCUUUUGCUGAUUUGAUGCUUUGUGACUCUAAUUCAAGGCUGAUCCCAUCUGGGUUUUCCAAAUCUAAUUGCACGGAUGAAAUUGUGAUGUUUAUAAAUGCUGGGGGAGAGGCUUUAUACGAAGCAGAUUCUAGCAUGAAAUUACUGGGGGAUACUUACUUUGAAGGAGGAGAUGUUAUGCGGACCAAUGAGCCUAUAACUGAGGCUGGAGAUUGUCCAUUCAUUUAUUGGUCUGCAAGAAUUGGGAGUUUCUCGUACCAGUUCAACAAUCUUCCUCCUGGGGACUAUAUUGUUGAUCUUCAUUUUGCAGAGAUCAUAAACACAAAUGGACCUAAAGGAAUGAGGGUAUUCAAUGCCUAUAUGCAAGAAAGACAGGUACUGUCAGAUUUUGAUAUCUUCUCAGUUGUUGGAGCCAAUAAACCAUUGCAAGUUGUUGAUUUGAGGGUAUCAGUAAAGGAGGAUGGCCUAAUUGCAUUAAGGUUCGAAGGCGUUAGUGGAAGUCCAAUGGUCUGUGGGAUUUGUGUAAGGAAAGCACAAAAUACUCCAGUUACUCAGGGAUCACAAGAAUACCUUAAGUGCAACAGUUGUGCUGCUGAAAUAGAACUUUCCUCAGCUCAGAUGAAACUUGUGCGAACAAAAGCUACAGAUAAAUAUGAGAAGAAGAUACAAGAGCUCACUACACAGUGUCAACUCAAGACUCAUGAAUGCCAUGAGGCUUGGAUGUCGUUGACGGCAGCAAAUGAGCAGCUGGAGAAAGUUAGGAUGCAACUUGACAACAAGAUCUUCCAAACACGCACGCUAGAUGAAACUGUGGGGAAACAAGCCGAAAAUCUGAAAAAUAUUACUAGCAGUUAUGACCUUCAUAAGAAACAUUGGGAAGCAGCAAUCAAUAAUUUACAAGAGAAAAUAAAGAUAAUGAAAAGAGAACAUGCUCAGCUCUCUCAUGAGGCACAUGCAUGCGUAGAGUCAAUACCCGAAUUGAACAAAAUGGUCACUGGGGUUCAGGCACUGGUUCUACAGUGUGAGGAUCUCAAAGUAAAGUAUAGUGAGGAGCAAGCAAAGCGAAAGGAUCUCUAUAAUCAGAUUCAGGACACUAAAGGUAAUAUAAGAGUCUUCUGCCGCUGCCGUCCUCUUAGUAAACAGGAGAUAUCAGCUGGUUUCGGUCAGGUUGUAGAUUUCGAUGCAGCAAAAGAUGGAGACCUUGGCAUUCUGACAGGUGCCUCUACCAAAAAGACUUUCAAGUUUGACCGAGUUUACACACCGAAAGACAAUCAAGUCGAUGUUUUUGCGGAUGCAUUACCACUGGUGACAUCAGUGUUAGAUGGCUACAAUGUCUGUAUUUUUGCUUAUGGGCAAACGGGAACGGGAAAGACAUUUACAAUGGAAGGCACUGAACAGAACAGGGGAGUCAAUUAUAGAACUCUUAAGCAGUUGUUUCAAAUUGCUAAGGAAAGGAUCGACAGUUUUAUAUACAACAUAUCUGUUAGUGUUCUUGAAGUUUAUAAUGAACAAAUUAGAGAUUUGUUAUCUACAUCACCGACAUCAAAGAGGUUGGAGAUAAAGCAAUCUGCUGAAGGGUUUCAUCAUGUUCCAGGUAUUGUACAAGCCCAAGUUGAAAACAUUAAGGAAGUUUGGGAUGUAUUGCAAAUUGGAAGCAAUUCUAGAGCUGUUGGAUCAAACAAUGUGAAUGAGCAUAGCAGCCGAUCCCACUGCAUGCUUUGUGUAAUGGUAAAAUCAAAAAACUUGAUGACUGGAGAGUGCACAAAGAGCAAGCUUUGGCUUGUCGAUUUGGCAGGCAGUGAGAGGCUUGCAAAAACUGACGCACAAGGUGAACGACUCAAGGAGGCUCAAAAUAUCAACAAAUCCCUUUCAGCUCUUGGGGACGUCAUAUAUGCUCUAGCAACAAAAAGUAGCCACAUUCCAUACAGGAAUUCGAAGUUGACACAUUUACUUCAAGAUUCUUUAGGAGGUGACUCUAAGACACUGAUGUUUGUACAAAUUAGUCCUUCAGAGACGGACUUAAACGAAACCUUGAGCUCCUUGAAUUUCGCAACUCGAGUUCGAGGAGUUGAGUUGGGUCCUGCUAAGAGGCAAGUCGAUACAAGUGAGCUCCAGAAGAUGAAAACAAUGCUUGAAAGAGCAAGGCAGGAAUCAAGAUCGAAAGACGAAUCGUUAAGAAAAUUAGAAGAGAGCUUACAGAACCUAGAGAAUAAGGCCAAAGGUAGAGACCAGGUUUACAAAACACUGCAAGAGAAGAUCAAAGAACUUGAAGGUCAAUUGGAACUGAAAACUAGCAUGCACAACCAGUCAGAGAAGCAGCUCUCACAACUUUCAGAUAGAUUGAAAGGGAAAGAAGAGGUUUACACCGCUUUGCAACAAAAGGCUAAAGAAUUGGAGGCCAAGCUUAAAGAUCGGCAACAGUCAGAUUCGACUAGUUACCAGCAAAAGGUUAAAGAUCUCGAAAACAAGAUGAAAGAGCGAGUACAAGAAUCCGAGUCCCAUUCACUUGCCCUUGUACUCAAGAUUAAGGAGCUUGAGAGAAAGCUGAAAGAGCAAGAAGAAAACAAAGAAUCCAUUUUGCGUCAUCAAAAGAUUAAGGAGCUGGAAGCUAGACUGAAGGAGCAAGAACAACAGUUGCAAGGUGCACUAGCUCGCGACUUUUCCAAUGCGAUAAUGGCCAGUCCUAGUGUAGGAAAAUGCAGAAGAGAGGAUGAGUCGAUGAAUGAAGCUGAACCUCAUAUCCUGAGGAGUUCAAACUCAACAAGUAGCCGUCCAUUGAGCCGUGGGUCCAAACAUCCAAGAGUUAGUGAUUUAAUCCAUGAGACAAGAAGGAAAAGGUACUCUAGAAGUGGUGAAACAGAGAACAACAAUAUGGUUAUACCUGCUUCUUUGGCAGAUAAAAGGGCAAGAAAAUCUGAUCCGCCUAAGGUUGCAAGGGUUGUGAAAACAGCAAAACCAGGUAGCAUAGCUGCUGCUCAGGGACGUGGAACCUUGGGUCACAAAAAGGUCAUGAAUAGAGCUCAGGUCCAAGCAGCAAUGGAGAUAGAUACUAAGAAAAAGAUUUGGUCUAGAUAAGUCAAGCCAG